AUGAGGCGGAAUCGAGGGCCAGGCGGCUCGCCAUUCAGGGCUAAUGGUGCUACUGCUAUACCCGACUCCUUGUCAUUAAUACGGUCCUUCAAUAUCGAGACCAACCCUACUCGACCAGUGCGACCUUCGCCUUUAACGGCUUCGACGAUCCCAGACAUGCCACUUGACCUUCUCGAUCGUAUUCGAUCAUUUCCGCUCUUUGUAUCAGCUCCCGAAGCCUUUCUGACUGCCAUCGGCAAACAUUUGCGGCCGCAGGUACACGCGCCCCACGACCAUAUUUUGACCGAGGGAGACGAUGCAAAGGCAAUGUACUGGUUGGUUAGGGGCGCAGUCGCAGUCACAUCUCGAGAUGGUGAAGCCACGUAUGCAGAGUUGAAGCCGGGUGCGUUCUUUGGAGAGAUUGGAAUCCUCAUGGACGUGCCUCGAACAGCCACGAUAAUCGCCAGGACAAAAUGUCUCUUGGUAGUACUGAAGAAAGAGGAUCUAAGAGCAGAGCUACCCGGUUUUGCAGAAAUGGAGCGGGCAAUAAUGGAUGAAGCGCAAGAGAGACUGACAAUUUUGAAUAAGAAGAGGAAAGAGAGUGGAUAUGGUCCGAAGCUUGUGUCGGCUUCCUUGCCUUCUAGAGGUGGAAAAGCCACAAGUGAAGCGCCGCCAGCAGAACAUGUGACGCGAGACAAGGAGAUUGUUGAAAAUGGUGCAGUCGUGAACUCUAAGAAACGAAAGUCACCUAGUCCGCAAGGCAUUGAAGACCAUGCGGCCGGAGGCAGCGCGUUGGGUAAUGGUUUUGUGAACGUGAGAAAGACACUGAAAGAGCUGCCCCUGUUUUCAACUUUACCACCCGAGAUCCUUCACUUUCUCGGAUUGAGCGCUCAGCCGAAAACAUAUCCCCCAUUCACUGAUAUUAUUGUACAAGGCUCUCCAGGAAGCGAGAUCUACUUUAUUGUACGAGGCGAGGCUGAAGUCAUCCACGAAACUUCUAACGGACAAGACAUUAACAACGCUUCACAAAGGUCUUGUAUACGACCACGACUCAAGCAGGGACAGUAUUUCGGAGAGGUGGCAAGUUUGGCCCUGGCGCCGCGAAGGACGGCCACAGUUCGAUCUAUCACAACCGUUGAAUGUUUGAUGAUCAGUGGUGAGGUACUAGAUGAGUUGUGGAGACGCUGCUCUCCAGAUAUCCGACGUCAAGUGGAAGCUACAGCCAAAAUACGAAUAGGGCAAUCGGAAGAUGAGGAUGUCACAAUGGCCGGCAUAGAUACACCGCUACUCAACCAGCUUGAACUCGUUGAUCGUGCCUCGACUCCUAACGGUUCAACACUGCCACAGGUCACGUUGACACCUUCAAAACCUGCAAGUCCACAUAAGCCUAGUCGGGCUGAGGAUCAGGAAGUCAUGGAGCCGUUGGACCCGGACCCUUUCCUGAGUGUUGAUAUGGAUAAUAUGAGGGCAAGGUCAGGGAGGAGAGGCUCUCUUACGCCACCUACUCCAGAAUCUUCUCCACCAGAGAAUAUUCCCACCGGGGUGCCGAUGAGAUCCAGAUCGAGAUCAAGAUCGCGAAUACAGACGACUCCUUCGGAGACAGGAGAGGACCUCACCUCUUCUGAUUCUAGCUUUCGUCCAAAGCGGCCAAAGAUUCUUUCAAUACCUGCAAGUCAGGACAAUAAUGAAGGCUUACUCCCAGACAAGGUCCUACUCAUAAUUUUCUCCUAUCUAGACAUCUACCAUCUAAUGCGUUUACGAGUGGUUUCGCCCUACUGGUCUAAGCUUCUUACAAACUCACCGAAGAUCUGUCGAUAUCUGGAUCUCUCCCUCUACAACCGAAAAAUCACUAAUCAAGUACUCACUGACUUUAUCUGCCCUUUCGUUGGCAAACGCGCCCACACGAUAGAUAUCAGCAACUGUUUCCACAUUACAGACCCAGGAUUCACUGCCCUCUUCUUGCAAUGUGGAUCCAACGUCCGCUGCUGGAAGAUGAAAAGCGUAUGGGAUAUCACAGCUAAUUCAGUGCUGGAAAUGGCCAACAAUACCAAGCAGCUCGAGGAAAUCGAUCUUUCGAAUUGCCGCAAAGUGUCCGACAAUCUCUUGGCACGGAUUGUAGGCUGGGUCGUCACUGAACCAAACCCAGCCCAAAACCAGAUGAACCGCCAAAAUCCUGGACAGCAAAAUAGCUUGGCUCCGCCGGUAGGCACGGUAGUAGGGUGCCCGGAACUCAAACGCCUAACACUCAGUUACUGCAAACAUGUGACAGACCGGUCGAUGGCGCAUCUAGCUGUUCACGCCCACGCACGCUUACAGUCCAUCGAUCUGACACGCUGCACGACGAUCACAGACGCCGGCUUCCAACAUUGGUCCAUAUACAAGUUCGCGAAUUUAGAGCGGUUGAUCUUGGCGGAUUGCACAUAUCUGACUGAUAAUGCCAUUGUGUACCUGACUAAUGCGGCAAAAGGGUUGAAAGAACUGGAUCUUUCCUUCUGCUGCGCCCUCUCUGACACCGCCACCGAGGUGCUCUCCCUCGGCUGCCCACAGCUGCGUACACUCCGGCUUUCUUUCUGCGGCAGCGCCGUCUCAGACUCCUCCCUCCGCAGCAUCGGGCUACACCUCCUGGAGCUGCGCGAGCUAGCAGUGCGCGGCUGCGUGCGCGUCACCGGCGUCGGCGUCGAGGCCGUCGUCGAAGGCUGCAACCAGCUCGAACUCUUCGACGUGAGCCAAUGCAAGAACCUCCAGCGCUGGCUCGACAGCGGCGGCGAGGAGCGCAGUCGCCGCUUGUACAACCGCCCGAAUGUGCGCUUCCUGACUCAGAAGGGCAACGGCAGCUCCGCUGGCCUGCGUUGA